AUAACGGACAGAUGGAUGCGAUCUGCUGUGACACCUCUUUGGGAUUAUCGCCAUAUUUCUAAUGAACGGACAAAGUCGCCGACGGGAAUUUUGCGGAGAAGAAGCGACUGCCCGGAUGGACGAGCAGAUUGGAGGAAAGAGCCGGAAAAACGAUUUUAGGAGAUCAAUCUGAAGUUUUUCUUUUCGUUGCGAAUCAGCGUUGUUGAAGUCAGAUCGGUGGCGAUCAACUGGGAGGUGGGGGCGAGGGGGUAUUUUUUUUUCCAUGUUGGACGAGCCGUUGGCUCUUCGAGCUCGUUGGGUUUGCGGCGGCAUGCGGAGCAGGAGGGUGCGGGCCGUGUUCGGGGUACUAACGCUUCAUCCCUCAGUGGGUAGUGCUCGGUGAAGUGCGCAGCGGCGCUCACACAACCGGAAAAAGUCCAAAGUCCGUACUUCCAGGUUCCCAGGUAGAUUACAUUUGACGGCUUGAGUCCGCCGACUCGGACAAAUUUGCAAAAGGCACCUCGAGAGGCUUCUGCUCUUCAACCUCGAAUCGGAUUUUAUUUACCCCCGCGUUCUCCGCAGAUGAACCGCGGAGAGACGGCGUGUCUCCAGAGAGGCGGCCGUUCAGGUUAGCGCCUCCAAGGAACGCCAACAGGUUCUCGCAGGCUUCGUUUGGAAAAACGCAGCGUGUUGAUUGUUGCCCCAGAUUCUCCAGUCCUCCGGGGCGCUACGAUGCAUUCAUCUACACUUCUAAAGUUUGCAUGCGGGCAUCGUCUACCGAGAUAAGAAACCUGCCUCUGCUGGGAUGUUUUUUGUUUUUUUUUAUGUUUCCCGGGCGCUCACAACUAGCUCAGCGCAGGUUGCACCGGAGUUUACAGUUUGAGUUACGUUCGAUGGCACGGAAUGCCGUAUAAGUCACUUGUCUCUCGCAAAAGAAAAAGAAAAUAAAUAAAUCAGGUCGGCCCAGCUGCGUUGUUGUCGUCGAGCUCCUCCGUUCUUCCAACGCGUGCUAAGUAGCGCAAAGGCAUCAUUAAAGCGCUUCACUCUUACCUCCUGGCGCUUAACUUUCGGCAGCCCGGCAUUGCUGUUGAGCGCAAAUUAGUGUUUUUUUUUUGUUUUUUUUUUUUGCCUUUUUUUUUUUUUGUUUUGUGUCGACUUGUUAGUCUGCAGUAAGGCAGGCGGGGUCACAAAGGAGCCAUUGAUUCUAAAGUGCACGUCAAUACACAAUGAGGCCCGCUUGGAGCUCUGUCUUCUGCCGCCGCCGCCGCCGCCGUCACCCCCCGAGCUCCCUCUCGCUGGCCCUGCGCAGCCUGGUCCUGGUCCCGCUCCUUCUGGGCUUUGCUCCGUGUUGUCAGGCCGUGCAGGCGGAGAACGUCACCGUCUUGGAGGGCGGCACGGCCCAGAUUUCCUGCCGCCUGCAGAACUACGAUGGAUCCAUUGUGGUCAUUCAGAACCCACGCCGCCAGACGCUCUUCUUCAACGGCACGCGGGCUCUGAAGGACGACCGCUUCCAGAUGGUGCUUUUCACGCCGCGGCUGGUGCGCAUCACGCUGACCAACGUGAGCGUCUCGGACGAGGGCGGCUACUUCUGCCAGCUCUACACGGACGCCACGCACCACCAGGUGGCCACGCUGGCCGUGCUGGUUCCGCCGGAGACGCCCGUCGUGGAAGUGAAGCAGGAGGCGGUGGAGGGUGGCGAGGUGGAGCUCAGCUGCGUGUCGCCGCGCAGCAAGCCGGCCGCCAGCCUGCGCUGGAUGCGCAACGGCCGCGAGAUUCCAGGUGUGGUUUCCCAGCAGGACAACGGCAAGACGGUCAGCGUGUCCAGCACCAUCCGCAUACCGGUCGAGAGGAAGGAUAAUGGAGCCGCGUUGAGCUGCGAGGCGCUCCACCCGGCACUGAGCAACCAGAAGAGGAUCCGACACUACCGCUUGGAUGUGUUCUGUGAGUAUCAGGACUGUUGUUUUGUCACCUUCGCCGUUCAACACACCGCACCGCCCCGUGCCAUCCAGUGGUCCAAGAUCAACGACACCCUACCUGAGCGUGCCGAGAUCUCCGGGCCCACCUUCCAGAUUUCCCGCCUGAGCCAGUCCCACAACGGCACUUACUUGUGUCAGGCGCAAAACAACUACGGGCGAGCCGCCGAUCACUACACCCUGCUGGUCUACGGCCCCGUGCCAUCCAGUGGUCCAAGAUCAACGACACCUUACCUGAGCGUGCCGAGAUCUCCGGGCCCACCUUCCAGAUUUCCCGCCUGA